ACUUUUUCGUUUUUGUUUCAAGCUUCUAACUAUGGCCGUUCAUCAGUUUUCCAGAAAACUCGGUUUUUCAUUGUGUCACAUUACGAUCACUCUUAAAUCUCAUCCGAUCGAGUUAAAGAUUUUACUAGAGGUACUCAAGGUCAUAGCGAAGACGUUUAAUUUUGGAAUUUUACUUUAGACCUUUCUUUAUCGAAUUAUAGGAAAAUUACCGAAAAACUUUUCAAAAACCAAGUUUUUAAAUUUUAGAAUCCGUAUAACUCGGUAAAGAAAGGUCUAAAGUAAAAUUCCAAAAUUAAACCUCUUCGCCAUGAUCUUGAGUACCUCUAGUAAAAUUUUUAACUCGAUCGGAUGAGAUUUAAGAGUGAUCGUAAUGUGACACAAUGAAAAACCGAGUUUUCUGGAAAACUGAUGAACGGCCAUAGUUAGAAGCUUGAAACAAAAACGAAAAAGUGUUCCAUUGAGUUUCCAGUCAGUUCUAAAACUAUGAAGUCUUAGUGAGUUUUAGUUUCUAUUUCACAGCCUUUCUACGGAAAGCACAAAAUGAGGGGAGGACCCUUAAUAACUAAAAAAUCUGUCGUGUGUAAAACGACAAUGUAGAAAGUUUAUAAGAAUAAAUCGAAAGAAUUCUUACGUGUUUAGUCAGUUGUUUGCUCAUCGAUCACGAACAACACAAGGCAGCAGUUUGAAACUAUAACUUACUGGUAUUAAUAUCUACUCUCUAAAAAAAAGUCGUAUUCUCGGAAACCGAAAGAAAACGGUUUUCGAGCAUCCGGAAACCAAAAUGGGUUUCCCGCUAGCUCUCGAAAACUGAGAUGAGUUUCUGAGCUAAUCUCGGAAACCCAUCAAAAGGUUUUUAAAAGUUCAAAUAGGUUUCGGAACCUUCGGAAACUUUUAUCCGUUUCCUAUAGUUUCAUUUUCGGAAACCUUUUAAGCGUUUCCCAGAAUUUUGUAAGGUUUCCGAGAGUUUGGAAACUCUUAGAGGAUUUCCGAAAAUGAAACUAUAGGAAACGGAUAAAAGUUUCCGAAGGUUCGGAAACCUAUCUGAACUUUUGGAAACCCUUUGAUGAGCUUCCGAAAUAAGACUGGAAACUCAUCUCAGUUUUCGAGAGCUUGUGGGAAACCCAUUUUGGUUUCCGGAUGCUCGAAAACCCUUUUCUAUCGGUUUCCAAGGAUUUGAUUUUUUUUUAGAGAGUAGAAAAAUAAAUAUGUGAAGUUCAUAUAUUUGAAAUUAUUAAUUGUUUUGGAUGAAGAUAAUUACGUCAAAACGAAGAGAAAACUGAAUCUAAAACUAAUCACGAGUUAUUCAAAAACAACGAUAUUAACCUUUUUCUAUUUAAUACUAUGCCAGACAGAAAAAAGAUCGAUUGAAUAAAAUUAAUUUGUUUAGUGUGGCUAAACAGUAGACAAAAAUGAAGGAUAGAAAACUAACUUACUUUAUAUCGUAGCCCUAGUUCUUCGUUCAAAUAUGACUGAAUGCAAAUUUAUCAUGAUUUCUGUUUGAUAUAAUUGCUAAUAUCAUUCCAUAGUAAAUUCUAUAAAAACAGUUUCCAUCGUGGGAGAUGCAAACAUUCCUAUCUUAUUCCCAUUUCAAUAUAGCGACUACAUUUUAUUUGCUAUUCUUUUUUAGCUGAAGCCGAACGUGAAGUAUUGACAUUAGCACCUCAUUUUGAGCCAAAAUCAUUGCCAGAAUCAUUUGAUUCGAAAAUAGCUCGUUUAACAGCAUCAUCAUUUGAUGAUAUUACAUGGUUACAUUUAUUAAAUUAUCAAAAUGCAAUUUCAAAACGAAUUGAUAAUCGCCAAUUAUUAUCAUUUGAUUCGGAUUGUGUUGGUCGAACAAAUCUCUAUUUUCUUCAUCUAUUACCUCGUCUUGUACAAACAAAUAAAUGUCUUUCCGAAUUACCUUUAUACUCGGAAAAUUGUCUCGGACUAUAUCCAUCUGAGCAAUAUUCUCAAUCAAUUCCAACAUUAUCUCAAGGAACAAAUGAACCUCGUACAAGUAUACGGUUGGUAUCAAGUAAAACAUCGAGAAGUCAAACAACACAAGGUACAGCUGCAUCGUCUUCAGCAACAAUGACAGAUGAAGAUUUUUCACAAUGUCCAAAUAUGAACAUGAAUUUAUUUAAACGAGAACUACCUACUGAUUCUACAUCAUUAAUGAGUUUAGCUUGGUAUUCAACAAAUUCAAUUAAUAUUAAUAGCGAUGUAACCACAAAAGAAAAGCCGUUUAUUUACGCCUUUUAUACAAUAAAAACUGAUGAGAAAAUCAAUAAUGAACCAACAAAUGUUCUAUAUGUACCAUUAUUCAAAUUAUUAGAUCUUCACAAGAGAUAUCUUCCAAUUGCACAAGUUGCUGAAACACAUCCAAAACAAAUUUCUCAGGAAAAUGUUCAAACGUUUCUCAAUGAACUGUCUGGUUAUAUCAAUAGUAAAGAAAAGAAAAGUAGUGUUAUACCUGAAGGGGUUGCGUUAAAACAACCGAUGUCUAAAAUUCCUACAAUUAAUGAUUCACAAGCAUUUGUUCAAUUAGAAAGUUUUCUAAAUGCAAAAUUUGGCUCUCAAACAUCAAACGUGCAAUUACGCGAUUGGUUUUCAAUGAUGUUUCGACUCUCAUCAAAUAAUUUAUUUCAAAUUCAAGAUUAG